CACAUAUUGAUCACUAAUGGCCUCUUCUACCAUCAUGUAUGCCUUAUGCAUGGCAAUGGCAUGGACAUGCACACUCAUGGUGGCUAAAGCAGGCGACCCCGACAUCCUCACAGAUUUCAUACUCCCUAAAAAUUUAACGUCAGCUAAUCCCAACUUCUUCACAUUCACAGGCAUGCGAAACCUCGAAUUUACAAGAACUUUCAAGGUUACAAAAGCCUCUAAAGCAGAGUUCCCGGCUUUAGAGGGACAGAGUGUCUCAUACGCAGUGCUCCAAUAUCCAGCAGGGAGCAUAAACCCAGUCCAUACUCAUCCACGCUCCUCAGAGCUUCUUUUAGUGUUUAGGGGCUCCUUGGAAGUGGGGUUUGUUGACACAACUGGUAAAUUAUACAGUAAAACUCUACAAAGGGGAGACAUGUUUGUUUUCCCUAAGGGCUUAGUGCAUUAUCAGUAUAAUGCUAAUGACCAACAUGCUGUUGCUGUGUCGGCAUUUGGGAGUGCAAGUGCAGGGACUGUGUCAGUUCCGAGCACACUAUUUGCAAGCCGUAUCAGUGAUGAUGUCCUUGCCAAGUCUUUUAAGACAAAUGUUGCAACUGUUAAGAAACUGAAGGCGGGGCUUACGCCACCCAAGGCUUAGGGAGAGUUGGUGAUUGAACAUGGAAUAAGGAGCUGUUAGUUCAAACUUGGGCAAAACAGGCUGUCAAUUUGUAUUUGUAUUUUUAAUUCAUCGGGAUGGUUUUCAAUAUUCGUUCCUUUAACAAUUGUA